UUUAUUCUUAUGUCAUAACAGUAUGUGGAAAACUAGAAAACAUAAGUUUGACUAACGUCAAUGAAAGGAAUUAUAUUAACGACACAGUGUUUACAUCAAUCGCAAACAUUAGCUGUGAUGUUGGUUUUAAAGAUAAAGAUGGAGACCAAACCGAAGGAACAUCAACAAAGAUAAUAACCUGUCGUGAAUCAGGCGAUUGGACGAAUUUACCGACCUGUGUCAGAAAAGAUUGUGGAAGUGUUACACAUUUAAACAUCAGUAAUGCAAAUAUUAGACGUCAAAAGAAUGGUACAGAGUACAUGUCAAUUGCUGAAAUAGACUGUGAUACUGGAUUUUAUAACAAGAACGACAACCAAACAAGUGACAUAUCAACAACAAAUAUAAAAUGCUCUGCCAGCGGAAAAUGGAUAAAUAUGCCUACAUGCGUCCUUAAAGAUUGUGGGAAAUUAUCUUCACCGUCAAAUGGUAUAAUCAGCUAUGUCUCAAACAUGACUACAUUUGCAUCUAAGGCAGUGUAUAUAUGUGACAAUGGCUAUCAAUUGAAUGGGUCUGACACUAUAGAAUGCAAGAAUACUGGGAAGUGGAGCGAUUAUACAACAUAUUGCCAAAUAAAAGACUGUGGAGUAGUAUUACCCCCUGCAAAUGGUGAUAUAGUAUUGCAUCAGAACAGUACAGUUUACGGUUCAAAUGCUACAUACAUCUGUGAUGAGGGCUACAACAUGAUUGGUCAAGCAAACAUAACAUGCGAAGCUUCAGGAAACUGGGAUAACAAGACAACCUCUUGCAAAAUAAAAGACUGCGAUUCACCUGAAGGACCAACAGACGGAAACGCUACUGCAGUCAAUGGAACAACUUACUUGUCGAUUGCAAAAUACGUGUGCAACGAAGGAUUUGAUCUAAAUGGAUCAGAUACAAGAAUUUGUCAGGCCAAUGGUUCAUGGAGUGGAAGAGUUCCAACAUGUGAAAUAAAGAACUGUGGUGCCAUUCAAAAUCCAACAAAUGGCAAGGUCAACACAGAAAAUGGAACUGAAUAUAAGUCUGUAGCCACAUUCAUCUGUGAAACGGGAUAUACGUUAAUUGGUGAUAACAUGACAAGUUGUGAACCAUCAGGAAACUGGAGUAUUUACAGUCUCAAUUGCACUAUCAAUGAUUGCGGACAUCCAACAAAGCCAAUGAAUGGUUCUGUUGAAAUAUCGAAUGGAACAACAUAUCAGUCAUUAGUGACAUUCAAAUGCGACGUAGGUUUCGAAAUGAAUGGAACGAAUACAUCUGAAUGUCAAGCUAACAGUAAAUGGAGUAAUGAGGUCCCACAAUGUAUCAUAAAAGAUUGUGGACCACGAACAAAGCCAAUAAAUGGUUCUAUUGAAAUAUCGAAUGGAACAACAUAUCAGUCACUGAUGGCAUUCAAAUGCGACGUAGGUUUCGAAAUGAAUGGAACGAAUACAUCUGAAUGUCAAGCUAACAGUAGAUGGAGUAAUGAGGUCCCAAAAUGUAACAUUAAAGACUGUGGUGACCCGAAAUGGCCAAACCAAGGGAAAAUUUUAUCCAAAACAGGCAAUAAAUAUAACGAUAACGUUACAUACAGCUGUAACCAAGGAUACGAAACAUCUGACCCCGUUUUGGUCACAUGUAACUCAAGUGGUAACUGGAGCAGACCUGCCCCUGUUUGCAAAGACAUUAAUGAAUGUACUCGUUACACAAACGACUGUCACUUACAAGCUAUAUGUAACAACACUGAUGGGUCUUACAAAUGCCAGUGUCGAGAAGGGUUCACCGAUAAUUCCACGAAUGGGCAGCACGGCCGGGAUUGUCAAGACAUAAAUGAGUGUGCGGAUUUGAAGAAAAUUCAAUGUGACAAGGAUCGUUCACGGUGUGUUAAUUACCUCGGAGGGCACGUUUGUUUUUGUCAUCAAGGAUGGACUGGCUUACACUGUGAAAAUGAUAUUGAUGAGUGUAACGAUACAUCUAGCUGCGGGGUAGAAGCGUAUUGUACUAAUUUUUACGGAGGUUAUAAUUGCACGUGCAAAAAAAACUUUCCGAAAGGAGAUCCGACAUUUCAUUGCUAUGAAAACGUUAUCAUUGAAUUGGUGACACCUGUAGCACCGUUCAGGGGAGAUAAUGAGCUGAUCACCUCUUUUCCGAUACACAACAGGUUUCCGUAUUUUGGAACGGAGUAUAAAUCUUUUAGACCGAAUAUGAAUGGUUUUAUAACACUUGGCUUUCAACCCUUGUAUCAGAACUAUGGACCAGAAACACCUACUGACUGGAAGACAUUUAGCGAAGGUCGGACUGUGAUAGCUCCAUUCUGGACAAAUCUAGACUCUACUAAUCUAACUGGAGGUGUUUUUGUCCAUCUUAUGGAAUACUACAGCGGUGAUAUGAACGAUAGUCGACACAAAGACUUGGCAAUGCUAGGAGAAAUAUUUUCAAAUAACUUGAACCUUACAGACUUUAAUCCGCGUGUCGCUAUUGAAGCAACAUGGCUGAACGUUACAAAAUCAUCCUAUAUUAUACCAACAAGACUCAUAAAAUCUCAAAAUGUGACAAUGCAAUUGAUUCUAAUUUCGGAUGGUAUAUAUUCAUACCUUAUGUUUAACUACGAUCAUGAGCAGUGGUCACUUAAACUUGACAAGAAUAUACCAAGUUCUGCCGGCUUUAGUUGUAAAGACAACAAUGUUCACAUCUUGGCAACAAGCAAAAAUGCGAGUUCGCUGAACAACGAUACCAACGUUCAAUCGGGUCCUAAUGGAAGGUGGAUAUUCGACGUUACAGACGAUGAUCCAGAUAAAAUUGCCGUUCUAAAAAACGAAUCAGAGUGUCUAAAAUUUAGUAAAAAUGACAAAAUACGAAAAUGGAUAGCGAGACAGCGAUUGUUAUCGUACGCAUGCCCAUGUGUCCAGCAGCAGAUGGACCUCGAUUACAGUUACCAUAUUGUGGAACCAAUGUAUGAGCAUUCGAGUCCCAAACCAACGUGCUAUGAGGCGUGGUUCUUUAACAAUGAUGGCGUGAAGCAGACAUGUUGUUACAGUUAUGGCGCUUUAAAGAAGGAUUUUACAGGAGGUGGUUUUGCAACUUUCAAGCCAGACACUUACAAUAUUAUACAAUAUUUCUACAUGUGCUGCGACCCAAACACUGACAGACACCUGUGCCAUCUUUUUUAUGAAAUGAAUCCGCCUGAUGACUGUUCUAGAUUUCAACCUGCAGACGAACCCGUUAGCAGGCACAAGCGUUCACUCUUUGGAUUCUGGAUCAAUGGGGCUGGCAAAUUAUAUUUAAACGUUUUGUAUAUUAUUGUUUUACUUCUAUCCGUACAGAUAAUUAACUAACAGAAACAAUAUACGCUGAUAUGUAUUUUUUGUUGAAAGAAUGGAAAUUAAAUCUUGUUUAGUGAGAUAAAAGAAAUCUGUUAAAAAAUAUGAAAACAUUUUUUACAUAAUAUGACAGCUUUUAACAACCCUUUACCACUGGAUCAAAUAUACCUCUGUAUGAAAAAUAUAUUUUCGUCCGUGUAGUGAAAGUGAACAAUUGUUCUUUUUAAGUUAUGGAUUUACAAAGAAAUUGCAUUUCUAGUAGUAUAAAAAUCUCAUGUGUGAUAAAUGAAAUGUCGCUGAUUUUCUAGACAUAAAGAGACUGGAAAUACAUGUAACCAUGUUUUUUAAAUUUGUGUACCAUUUAACGUCUGGAUACAAUA